GAGGAUGUUGGUGAAGCUGUAUCCAGACAAGUACGAUGCAGCUAAACCAAAACAAACGAAGAUAAGGUUGGCGACGGUCGCAUGGAGAUCGAAUUUGGACUUCGGUUACAGCGGCGAAGGUUUACAAGGUGUCACGCGCAGGGGUUGUAGCGAAACUUGUUUUAGCCUCUAUCCUAAAUUGCGUGUCCGUCCGGUCUCGAGCAUCCCUCUUACGUCAGUGCUGUCCAGUAAGCGCUCUAGUGUUUGUAAGUGCACGCAUAGGCUUCAUAGGCGAGUUCCGUUUUGUUAAAUAGAAGUCGUUGUAUCUGGAUACUUCCUACCAAUAAGUGUCCUGGUUGUGCUGAGUGUUAUAUGCAGGCAGUAGUAGCUGACUCGAGUUGGGACGUUGUUUCUUCAGCUGUGCCCUGAGUGUCCUUGAACUGUGCAUCAGCAUGUCAGCUCAGCGGUCAGUCAAACUGCGUCUCUUUUCCCUCAAUUGCUGGGGAAUCCGCUACCUCAGUCGCCACUGUUCUCAGCGCUACCAGAUGAUUGCCGAGCUGCUGGACAGAGAGCAGCAUGACAUCGCACUGUUACAGGAGGUGUGGAGCGAAACAGACUACCUCUACUUAAAAAGAACACUGGCUACCUCUCAUCCUUUCACCCACUACUUCAGAAGUGGAGUCAUUGGCAGUGGACUGGCCGUGUUUUCUAAGCACAGGAUUCAGGAUGCCCUGCUCUACCAAUACUCUCUGAACGGCUAUCCGUACAUGAUUCACCAUGGUGACUGGUUCGGAGGCAAAGCAGUGGGCCUGGUUAUUCUGAAUGUCUGUGGAAUGAGAGCCCACAUCUAUGUCACACAUUUGCAUGCUGAGUACUGUAGGAUGAACGACACCUACCUUCCCCAUAGGACAGUGCAGGCUUGGGAGCUGCUCAACUUCAUCCGUCAUACAUCUGCUGAUGCUGACUUGGUGAUUUUGGGGGGAGACUUGAACAUGCACCCUCAGGACUUGGGCAUGCGUCUCCUCAGGGCUCACUCAGGACUCAGGGACUGCUACAUGGAGACGGACACCUUUGACGGUUGUGAAGAUGGCAUUACACUUAUCGCUGAUAACACCUUCACAAAAAAGAAAGAUUUGCUUCCUUUUGAGAAAGGGAUUCGCAUCGACUACAUUCUAAUGAAGGGCUCAAACAGUGUCUGUCUGAAAUGUGAGUCCAUGUCAACCACCAAGGGUUCAGUCCCUGGCAAGCCGUUCCCUUACUCUGACCACGAGUCCCUGACCUCUGAGCUCCUCGUCCAGCACACUGAGGGGAUGGACAGAACCAGGGAGAGGCACAACGACUCCUCAGACACAGGUGCCCCCGUGCGCGAGCUGGUGGAGGUGGUGAGCGAGGCGCGCGGCGUGGUCAAGGAGGGCUUCCGGCAGACGGAGCGGCUGCAGCUGAUGGCCAUGUGCCUGCUGGCCGUGGGCCUGGCCUUCCUGCUGCUGCCCGCCACCACGCUGCCCUGGCUCUCGCACCACAGCCACUGCGUGGUGUCCUACUCCCUGCUGGGCCUGCUGGGCGCGCUGGGCCUGGCCAUGGUGGCGGCCGGCGCCCUGCUCUACGUGCUCUUCACCGCCCAGCUCAAGGCCCUGCGCGGGACCGAGGCCAGCAUGAAGCUGGUCAGCGCCAACCUCCAGGAGAGGGACGGAGGCUGUCUGACGGAGGAGAUCGGCGACGGCGAUGGCGACGAGGAGGAGGAGGAGGCAGAGGCGGGAAUCAUGCCGUCGACGCCGCCACAUUCGCCACACGGAGACGCGAGGUCCCAGCAGCCCACCCCAUUGGACUGUGAGGAGUGACCGAAGCUCAUUCUCCUGCGGAUCCUACGGAAGUGGAGUGGGCUUAUGUCCUGCUAUGGAGAGGCUUCCACCUUCGCAUGAGGGUGACGAACAUCGAGAGAGACAGAUCAAGGGUGGCACCAUACACACCACUAGCUUCAUGGAAUGUGUCCUCUUUCAACCCCUUGCUUGUGCAAAUGACUCCCUAUGACUCCACUGAAGUCUGUAAUAUACUGAAAGACAGUGCCUAACACUCUUUUCUCACAAGUGUAAAACUAAACCAGUGUUAACUUUCUUUAGAUAGACUGUAGUGUCAAGUGAAUAGUGACAUUUACAUUGCAUUACGUUGCAACUAUAACAAGCGUGCUUUUUUAGCCAUUAAAAAUUUUUUUGUAGAAAAUAAUAAUAAAAAAUAUAUAUUUAAUUAUUGCUGUCGAUGGAGGGGGUGGGGGUGUCAUUUUGUUACUGGGUGCAAUUCUACAGAAUGUCCACUAGAUGGCACCUUUUCACACAAUGUGGCCCUGUGUGACCAUCCACUGGUUGUAUCCAUUUGAUACAUGUCCAGCUGUAGUUCUUCAAAUAUUCAAUGUAAAUUAAUUGUUUCUUAUGCAUUGCACGAGACCACUUUUAUUGAUUCACUUGUCUGACAGUCUGAGUGAUUUAUUUUGUGGAAAUGAUGGUCUGCACACUGC